UCAAACAUAAGGGGCAUUUGUGUCAUUUCAACUCACUCCCUCCGUCCCUUGUAACGUACUAAUUAGUGCAACACUCUCACUCUCACUGCUACAAAUUAGGGCAAAAUUAGCCAUUGAAGAUGAAAAGAAUUUCUUCGAGUUACUCCUACAAGGGCAUUUCUUAUUCUUGUUCAGCAAUUAGAGCUUAUUCUUCAUGGCAUAUCAGUGACAAAUUCAUUUCAGUAAAGGGUAAACUUGGGUUUAAUAGCAAGAUUGAGAAGAUCAAAUGUUUAGAUCAAGCUGUAAGUCUCUUCCAUCAAAUGGUCAUAAUGAAGCCUCUUCCUUCAGUUCCCGUCUUCUGUAAAUUAUUUAACACUAUUCUAAAUAUGAAGCAUUACUCUGCUGUUGUUUCUCUUUUCAGAGAAAUGCGGAAAUUGGGUAUCCCAAUUAAUGUAUUCAUCUUGAGUAUUGUGAUUAACAGUUACUGCCUGAUGCAUCGUGCUGAUUGUGCAUUUUCUGUAUUACCCAUUUACUUGAAGAAUGGCAUUCCAUUUAGUGUUGUCACCUUUAACACCCUAAUAAGGGGAAUCUUUGCUGAAAAUAAGGUCAAAGAUGCAGUUGAAUUGUUUAAAAAAUUGGUGAGGGAGAAUAUUUGUGAGCCCAACGAAGUCACGUAUGCAAUCGUCAUGAAUGGGCUCAGCAAAAGAGGACAUACUCAAAAAACUUUUAGUUUGCUCCGCUUAAUGGAGCAAGGGAACACUAAGCCUGACAGAUGCAUCUACAACAUUGUCAUAGAUGCCCUUUGUAAAGAUGAAAAUUUAGAUGUUGCUAUCAACCUUUUGGACGAGAUGAAGCGGAAAGGCAUUCCUCCAGACAUAGUCACUUAUAAUUCAUUAAUUGAUGGUUUGUGUAAGCUUGGUCAGUGGGAGAAUGUUAGGAUUUUGUUCUCUGACAUGGUAAGUCUUAAAAUUUAUCCAAAUGUGCGGACCUUUACCAUGAUGAUUGAUGGACUAUGCAAAGAAGGAAAAGUAGAAGAUGCUGAGGAAGUAAUGAGACACAUGACCGAUAAAGGUGUAGAGCCGGAUAUAAUCACCUACAGUGCGAUAAUGGAUGGAUAUUGUUUGCGUGGUCAACUGGAUAGAGCGAGGAGAGUUUUUGAUUUCAUGAUAGAUAAGAGCAUUAAACCUAACAUUAUUUGCUAUAGCAUACUAAUAAAUGGAUACUGUAAGAAAAAGAAAUUUGUCGAGGCCAUGCAAUUGUUUCAUGAAAUUUCUCAAAAGGGAUCAAAACCUAAUGUUGUUACGUACACUACUAUCUUGCAAGGUCUUUUUGAAGUUGGAAGAAUAGGAGAUGCAAAAGAAUUCUUUGCUGAGAUGCUAUCUAUAGGGCUGGUACCUGAUUUAUGCACUUAUCACACUUUGCUCAAUGGUUAUUUUAAGUAUGGACUUGUUGAAGAAGCUAUGUCACUCUUUAAUAAGCUGGAAACAAAUAGAGAAAAUAUUGAUAUAAUGUCUUACAAUAUUAUCAUUAAUGGGUUGUGCAAAAAUGGUAAACUCGACAAAGCUCGUGCUAUUUUUGAGAAGCUUUCUUUAAUUGGAUUGCUUCCGGAUACAAGAACAUAUACUAUAAUGAUAAAUGGAUUUUGUCUUGAAGAGUUGUUAGAUGAAGCAAGAGGUAUGUUAAGAAAAAUGGAGGAUAGCGGUUGUUUGCCAAACAUUGUCACUUACAAUGUUAUUGUGCAAGGUUUUCUCAGGUGCAGGGAAAUUAGUGAAAUGGCAACUUUCAUGAAGGAAAUGGCCGGAAGGGGCUUCUCAUUUGAUGCAUCUACAUCUGAGCUACUGGUAAAGGCUAUUAGUGAGAAUCCUUCCGUACUUGACAUGAUACCAGAGCUUCACUUGAAUUAUAAGAAGUGAAUAUUUCUUUCGCUUAGUUUAUUCGGCUGUACAAAAGAAAUCAGAUUGCCAUAUCACAUCUGAUGCAAUAUCUUGAGCUUUCUAGGCAGGCUUAUUGAUGAGGGCAGAUCAUCUUGUUCUCGGUAGCAGUUAAUGGUUAAACUGUCCUAUGCGGCUGUUUGUGAACAGAGAUAAGCUGAGAUGAACCAGCUGACAAUACAGGCGAUUGUCAGGCUGAAAAGUUUUGGAUCUCAUUUUCAGGAAAAUCAAUGGGAAGGUCAUCCAAGACAGUGGAAGUUGUGAACUUUAUGACAGAAGAGAACAGGCUCAUCACGGUCACACCAGAAACUGAAGUUCUGAAAGCAAUUGCAACUGAUAACAGAUAACCGCAUCAGGCACAUUCUUCUUGUUGUCCGUUGGAGAUGUUCGUGUCAUUGCAAGUGAGCGUAGGGAUGAGCUGAACCGUUCAAAUACCAUACAGACAAAGGAGGUUAUUAGAUGAAGAUGACGAGAAAUAAAUGGACUGUACCCUUAAUCUUGUAAUUAUCAACAUUCUUGGGUCUACUACAUUACUUUUUCAGUUCAGUGUGCUUAUGACUAGCAGUUGUUUAAUAUUGACAUAUUCUUCCAGUUAA